GCUACAAAUCUGCACCAUGGAGUUGGACCUACUAAAGCGACCGAUUCUUCGUGCAGACUUGACGCAUCGCCCAUUGAGCGACACAAACUUGCAUGCACUCGAUGCAUCUAGGCCUGUCAAGCAGCAAGAAGAAGCGAAUUUGGGAUGCGGUUUCUACGUCUGCAUGUUGUUUUCGUUGUUGAUUGUUUUGCUAACGUUUCCGUUUUCGUUGUUUUUCUGCAUCAAGAUUGUAACCGAGUAUGAGCGAGCAGUAAUCUUCAGGCUCGGUCGUAUCAUAUCAGGACGUGGGAAAGGACCAGGACUGAUUUUUAUCUUGCCAUGUUUGGAUAACAUUAGAAAGGUUGAUCUACGGACUGUGUCGUUUGAUAUUCCACCUCAGCAGAUUCUAACUCGUGAUUCUGUGAGUGCUGUGGUGGAUGCCGUUGUGUAUUAUCGUAUCCAGAAUCCCACAAUGUCUGUGGCCGAGGUGGAAAACGUUAGUUUAUCAACAUUCCUACUUGCACAGACGACAUUGAGGAACAUGUUGGGUACGAAGACUCUUGCUGAGAUUUUGGCAGAAAGAGAAGCCAUCAGCCAUGAGAUGCAGAAGCAACUUGGCGAGGCCACAGACAAGUGGGGAGUCAAAGUGGAGAUUGUUGAAAUGAAAGAUGUUCGCUUGCCACAGGAACUACAGAGAGCCAUGGCAGUGGAGGCUGCAGCUGCACGUGAAGCCAGAGCAAAAGUCAUUGCUGCUGAAGGUGAGCAGAAUGCAGCACGUGCCUUGAGAGAAGCUUCCAGUGUGCUCGACCAGUCACCAGCAGCCGUGCAGCUUCGUUACUUGCAGACAUUGACGACCAUUUCUGCACAGCAGAACCACACCUAUCUGUUCCCGUUGCCACUCACACUGCUACGAGAAAUAUUUGGCCGAGGCAAAAGUCACAAGACGUAGAAAAUGAUAUUAAUGCUAACAUUGUAACAUUUUUUAUGUUAAUUGCUUACUGUUUGAUAUCAAUGUACCAUUUUAUAUUUUGGGUUUACUGUGUUGAUAUCAAUGUACUAUUUUAUAUUUUGGGUUUACUGUUUG